GCUAUUUGUGAUUCUCUUUUGAAAUAUUGGGGCAAUCCGAAACAUUCUAGUCUUUUAGCUACUUUGUUAGACCCAAGGCUCAAAAAAAUAUGUCCUAUGUCUAGUCGUCUACGAGAAACAGCAAUAAGAGUAUGCCGUCAAGAACUCGACAAUAUUACUGAUACAAUACCUAUUCAAACCGCUUCUUCCAAUGUAACUUCAACUAAUCAAGUUAAUAAAUUAAAUUUAUCUAAGAAAUAUGAUGCAAUAAUUAAUACUAUUAAAGAAAUGCCUGAAUUCAUUCUUAAAUUAGUAUUAUCUCUUUUACAUACUAUAUGA